AUGAUAACAAUAAAUGUGCUAGUGAUUAUAUUUAUGCUAGCAAUUGCUAUUAAUGGCGAAGGUUUUGUUGAAGAAGUAUCUUGUACCGCUGAUGCUAUCAAUGUUGUUUUAAACAAGACUGAUCCGGAUGUUCAGCGCUGGAUGUCAGAUCCAAAAGCGCAACCGGUUGUUUAUGUUUAUGAGCACAAGACUCGACCACCAUGCGGUACAGCAAUGAAAAAAGGAAAUUUGCUUAAUUAUAAUUUUACAAUUCCAUACGGUGAUCAUUGUGAUGUACAUUUAAUUGAUUUGGAACCAAAUUACCGUAAUGCUGAGACGACAAUAGCGCUUGAAGAUAAUGCUGAUAUGACACCAUCAAAAACCAUACGUGUUAAUCACGUAUUUUGUUUAUAUACGAGAAGUGUGCAAACUAUACGAUUUAAUGAUAUAUCCAGUGGUCAUGAAGUGGUUGCAUCAACUGGUGGAAAACCAAAACCUAAAGUUGAAAUGAUCUUUCGUAGCAUUGAUGGACGACCUUUGAGAGCUGCUAAAUUUGGUGACAUCGUUGAAUUUUAUGUUGCACUUUCACCUGACAAAGCUUAUCAUGGAAUUAGUCCUAAAGAAUGUAUGUUUUCUGAUCGAGAGGAUAUGUCAUCACCUGAUGCAAAGCAUUUAACUUUUGUUCAAAGCAGCUGUCCGGUAGAUGAAAUGAGCGAAAUCAUCGAUCCAUUGGCAAAUGUCAAUGAAGAAGUAUAUUUUUCAAAAUUUAAAACAUUUCGUUUUGGUAAUCAAUCGACAGUAUUUGCUCAUUGUACCGUUCAAGUAUGUCUCACUACCGAAGAAUGUGCACAGAAAUGCUUCAAACGAAUUAGCAAUUCGAAUUUAACCGCUGAACGAUUACGUUUUCGACACAGACGACAAUUGGAUGACAAUUACGGUGCUUCAGUAAUUCGUAAACAAAAUGCUAUCAAUGAAAUUGCAUUAACACGACCGUUAACCAUUUUGGAUGAUAUGGAAAGCAAUGAAGUAAAUGAUAAUAAAGUGGAACAAUGUCUUAUUAAAAAUGCUAUUUUACCACUACCAAUUUUUAUCCUUAUCUUAUCACUUUCCCUGCUAUCAAUUAUUUGCCUCACUGGACUGUUAUUUACUUUAAAACGAUUGGCUACAUAUAGAAAAUUUGCACCAUACAGUUUUGGCAUCUACAGUGCUUAUUCUGGACCAACAGUACCACUUCCAGUACGGUCACUAACCGAUUCAUCCGUAUGCAAUUUGCCGAAUAGUGGCAAUAGAACAAACUGGACAAAUCGAUUAUCAUCAGGAAUUGAAUAUCCAUAUAUUCGAGAAAUGUAUUGA